GCAUGCGAGGAAACGCAGGUAUCCUGACCCUGCUCGACGACAGCCUCCACAUGGAAUCCAACAAAAACAAGCGACGUCCAAGGCAUAACAAACCUCUUUAAAAACAUGGGGAGGAAUUUCUGAGGAAGGAGCUCUUUAUUCUUUUGUUUUGUUUUUUUUUAAUUCCACUUUUAAAGUUUUCUUAACUUUGGGGAUUGUUCCAGCAACAUGAGUGUGAAGAAGAAAAAGGCUGGGCUUGUUAUCAGCUGGCCGAAGUCAAUAUCCAUCCUGACUCCUUGGAGGAAAGGGAAAGGGGACAGAGAUGCGGUUUGGGAUGGUGAGGUUGUCCUGACCAAAAUGAAGCUCUUCAGUAACUUCCACGAGAGGCUCCUGAUGUCUGCUGAUUCUGCGUCCACCAUCUCCACAGUGUCAGUUUCCGAGCAGGACUUCUCAGACCUCACCAAAGCGCCUGAGGUGAAUUUCCACCUCGAUGACAAGUCUGGACAGUCUCAGAUGGAGACCGGCUCAGACUACCUGCCUACCAUUUUCUCUGACUCUCAGCUGCUGAGGUUGUACAAGUUAGAGUCCGAGGACUCUGGAGUGGAGCUCCCCAGUGGAGCUAACUCUCCAUCCACCCCGGAUGGCUCUGAGCAGAGCUUCAUCGUCCACAGCCGAGAGUCCUCCUGUAACUCCUGCAACUUAAACACUGACCCUGACACUGCUCCCUCUGAUAAAAUAACCAGACAUGCAGUGAACUCUGAGGUUAAACAGGCAGAGGACUCGGUGGAUAACAGUUCGAACACAACAGUGAAUACUCAGGGCAAUGUGUUCAGAGCAGACCUGCACAUAAGUGAGGAUUUGGAUAGAGACCAGAGGAGGGCUUCAGAAAGCAGCCCUGAAGCAGAUGAGGACAUGUCUGAACAGCUCGGAGAGAAGAGUGCUGUAGCUGAAAGGACCAGCUCAGAGGAUCUGAGACCUGAGGAGCAAACCACAACAGGAACCUGUGAUGAUAUAAUGGAGAGUGGUUAUGAGCCAGAGCCUAUAAGGAGGAACGCCACCAGUGACAGCCUGGAGGAGUAUAUGGACGAAUGCUGCAGACUUAGUGAGGCACAGCAGGCGAGUUCCAGCCCUGUGAGUUCAGGCCUGGGUUACCUGGAGCACAUCUGCCAACUCAUCCAGAAGAUCGGCCAGCUGCAGGAGACCAACCUCCGGCUGCAGAGGCAGAUCUGCAGUCUGCAAAAAGACAGCAGGAUGACAAAGACCAAAGAGGACUUCUUCCAUCAGCACUGCAGCUGUGGAGCUGCCAGCCUGAUCUUCCAGGAUGCGCAGAUGAGACUCUCCAGAAGUGAGUUUUUGUCACCCAGUGGAGCCAUGGACCUGUCCACCAUCGCUGAGGUCACCCAGCACCCACUCACAUCAGCCAGGAGAGACAUGAAUAGCGAGGGUUUGACUCCUGCCCCACUGUGGAGGAGAGGCCUGAACCGAAGGAGUUACACUGAGGGGGAGGUCUGCUUCCUCAGGGGCAGCACCGAAGGGCUCUCCAUCCCCCGGCGCAGGCUGAGUGAAAACUAUACUUGGGGCCGAGUCAAAGACCUGGUGAGGAAAGGUCGGCCGAGAAACCAGAGCAAGCUGGGACUCACCUCCUCCUCACUGAAGAUGUCCUGCCCACAACUCUACAGGCCUGAUCUGGGACCAGUCGAACCUGCUGGCAGAAACAGGAACUCCAUGAUUGCCUUGGGCCACCAAAGCAAAUUGGACAUCCCAUGGCUACAAUAAACAUCCAGAUCAGAUUCAGACGGUCUCACGUGGAGAAGUCACUCAGCGUUGAUGUGACAGUGAAAGGGAAACGGUGAAAAAGAAAAAGUAAGAGUGAAAAAAAGAAAAAAGAAGAAGAAACUGGGAGGUGGUAUGAGAGAUGAGGAUGCUGAUGCUGCUCGUAAAGGAUAUGAGAAGAGAAAGAGGCUACUGGAUAUUUAACACGAUCUACACUGUGACAUGAUUUAACUGUAUUACAUAUUCUCUGUUAAUACUAUUUACACUAGUAUACACUGAUAUAAAUAUGCAUACGUACAUAUAUACACAUAAAGGCUCUGAUCACGGCAGCACAAGAACAGGCCCUAAGCACCAGAUCCUUAGAAGCCGGGGUCUACCACAGAAGACAGUCCAGCACAUAGUAGCCUGGUGUAAGACGCACGCUGGGACAGUGCACAUGGAGAGAUAUAAUUAGCUGGGACAGUGUACAGGAACAGCAGUGUAGAUUAGAGGCCCCCAAGUCCCCCUGAUGGGACACACACCACUGAAAGUGGUCAAGAACAACAGGCCUUUAAACUCCCAGGCUUCUAGUACAGGACCUGGGGACCAACCGCCCCACGGUGGAACACACCACUCAAAGUGGUUGAGAACAACAGAGCUAAGAUCCUGUGAGACUUUCACAGGAGUUCCAGACCCACGAGCAGCUGCUGACCAACCAACCAACCACACAGUGGUGGUUUAAAGAGAGCAGAAGAGGCCAGAUGUGGCAGAUGUGGCAGUCCCAACUGACAGUAACAUCUGAAACGAAGGAGCACGAGAAGAUCGAGAAGAACCAGCUGGAACAGAUGUGGAAGGUGAACUCCCAAAGUGGUCCCAGUGGUAAUAGGAGCACUGGGAGCUGUGACUCCCCCGAACUGGGAGAGUUUCUCCAUCAGAUUCCAGGACCAACAUCUGAGGUCUCUGUCAGUACAGGUUUUCAUUAGGAUGCUGCACAAUCUUCUACAAUCCAACCAAUGUGAAAUGUACAUAUAUUCCAUAUUUUCAUAUUUCAGCUUUUAAUUUUGUAGGAUGUUGUGUGUGUGUGUGUGUGUGUGAUGUUGUAUAACUGGAGCACCAAACACCAAACACUAUCAUAAUCACUUCACGAUGAUGAUGAUGAUGCAGUGCUGCUGAUUAAUUUCAUGAGAAUGCUGUCAUACAGCAGCUUGGCUUAACAUUCUCUUUUUUUUAAAUUUUCAACCCAUACACUCUGAUGGUCAGAUGUUUCACAGAAACAUCUCUCUGUGUAGGACUAGAAUAAAUGUCAGGACAUUGACAUCUUGUGUUUGACAGCUGAAGCACUGUGAUUUAUCUUCUCUGUCAGUGUUGCAUCGCUGAAGAUUGAAUAGUAGUAACAGGAGAGAAAAGGCUGAGGGAAAGUAAUGACAUGUUAAUGAUUUUUAGCAUGAAUACUGUAAAGGGCUCCAACGACACUGGAUUAAUGACAAUGACGGUAAUGGACACUUUGAUGCAGCGACUAGCCGACUGUGUGGAGACGUUUCCGUUUGACAGGGUUUGAACUUUUUUUUUCCACAAUGCGUUUCAGCCGCUUUUCAUGUAAACAACCAAAUGCAACCCAUGAAUGUCUCUGAGAAGAUGCUGAACGUAGGUGCUGUUCAUGUUCAGCUUCAUCACAUCAAGACUGUUUUACUCUAUUUUAUUCCAAAGAGGUGAAAACAGUGUACUUCCUGUUUACUGUACCAUCGUCAUGUCAGUAUCAUUCGGUGAACAAAGGGAUCUGUGUUGAAUUUUGUAUGUAAAUUAUACCUGAUGUUUAUCUGUAUAUGUUUUGUAUGUUGAAAUACGCAUAC